AUGUCGCUCUUCUCCACCAUGUCGCUGUACGCCUUGACGGUGAAGCAGCCAUCCGCGACACAGGAUGCCAUCUCCGGCGAUUUUCUCGGCAACGGCAAGCAGCAGAUUCUCACGGCGAAUGGCUCGCGGCUUGCCAUCCUGGAGGUUUCGCGGCGGCAGAAAGGCUUCCAAGAGAUCUAUUCCCAGGAUGUCUUUGGCAUCAUCCGCCGCAUAGCCAAGUUCCGGCUUGCAGGCGGCACCAAAGACUUCAUAGUCAUAACGACCGAUUCGGGCCGCCUAGUCACAUACGAGUAUAUGCCCGAGGAACACCAGUUCAGGACAAUACACUUCGAAACGUUCGGCAAGUCAGGCAUCCGUCGAGUUGUGCCGGGAGAAUACCUUGCCGUGGACCCGAAAGGGCGCGCCAUCAUGGUUGCAUCAACGGAGAAGAACAAGCUGGUCUACAUCCUCACUCGGAGCGGCCAGACGCGCAUUGCCAUUUCCUCUCCUCUCGAAGCGCAUAAGCCCAUGACGCUCGUAUACUGCCUCAUUGGCCUGGACGUGGGCUAUGACAACCCCAUGUUCGCUGCGCUCGAGCUCGAUUACUCCAACGCGGAAGCUGACCCCACGGGAGAAGCCUACCACGAGCUGAAGAAGGAGCUGGUCUACUACGAGCUAGAUCUCGGCCUGAACCACAUUGUUCGAAAGUGGUCUGAACCCGUCGAUCGUACGGCACACGCUCUCUUUCGCGUGCCGGGUGGCCCUAAUGCGCCGAGUGGAGUCUUGUGCUGUGGCGAGGACAACAUCAGCUACCGGCGCAUAUUCAACAAGUCGUCAAGCGUGCACCGAUUGGCCAUCCCGCGCCGAGAAGGAGCCACCGAGGAUCCAAACCGCAAGCGCAUCAUCGUAACAGGGACACUGUAUACGCUCAAAGGUGGCGAGUUCUUCUACCUGUUGCAGACCGACGAUGGCGACGUGUUUAAGCUCACCGUCGACGUGCGCAGUGCCGUCGUCUGGAAUAUAAAGAUCAAAUAUUUUGACACCAUUCCCAUCGCGACAAGCAUUUGCAUUCUGCGAGCUGGCUUCGUGUAUGCCGCCUGCGAAUCUGGAGAUAGGGUCCUGUACGAACUCGAAUCUCUCGGCGAGGAGACAGAGGAUCCUGUGUUCGAGAGCACGCAGUUUCCUGUCGACCCGCUUGCGGACUAUGCCCCACCCUUCUUCCAGCCGCGCUCGCUUGUCAACCUUACGCCGGUAGAGACAAUUCCCAGCCUGAAUCCGAUCAUGGACAUGGAGGUGUCGAACCCCGCUAUGGAGGAUGCACCCCAAGUUUACACAGUGAACGGCGCUGGCGGUCGGAGUUCAUUCAGAACGACUAGGAAUGCGCUGGAGGUUCUCGACCUCAUCGAGUCGCCGCUGCCACAGACCGCAUCCCAUGUGUGGACCACGAAGCUGACAGUCGAAGACGAGACAGACACGCUCAUCAUUCUUUGCUUACAUAGCAGGACCCUCGUCUUGAAGAUCGGUGACGAUGUCGAGGAAGCUUCAAACACUGGUUUUAUGGCGGAGACGAAUACACUCGGUGUGCAGCAAUUUGGCGAGGAUUGCGUCAUUCAAAUACAUCCCAAAGGCAUCCGCCACAUCCAGGGCAUCCAGUUCCCCGACGGUGACGCGGCUGCUGUAAACGUUAGCCUUACCGACUGGCACCCGCCGGCCCAUCGAACAAUUGUGGCCUGCGCAACCAACAACCGCCAGGUUGCGAUCGCGCUCAGCUCGGGGCAAAUUCUCUACUUCGAGUGCGACUCUGAUGGGUCGCUUGCGAUGGCAGAAGAAGAGGUCAUUUUGGACAGCACAAUCAACUGCCUUGCCAUACCUGACGUCCCGGAGGGCAGCGUGCGAGCCAUCUUCAUGGCCGUUGGUUGCAGCGACCAGACGGUCCGGAUAUACAACCUCAGCCCGGACAUGGAAGGCAAUAUUUUGAGGAGCAUCUCAGUCCAGGGUCUGUCUUCGCCGCCCAGCGGCCUCACCAUCAACUACAUGAGCGACAAGUCACCGCGGGGCUAUAGCCAGUACCUCCAUAUCGGCCUUCGAAGCGGCGUCUAUAUCCGGUCUGCCUUGGACGAGAUGACGGGAGAUAUUGGCGAUACCCGAAGGCGCUUCCUUGGUCCCGAGCCUAUCACCUUUGCGCGUGUCAACGCAGCAGGCGAACCCGCGGUUCUAGCCAUGACGUCCCGACCUUGGCUCGCUUAUACACAUCCGCGCACUGCUGUGCUUCAGCUCACUCCCGUGAACUAUAUUCCGUUCAAGUCUGCCUGGAACUUCGAAGGCUCAGCGUUCAAGGGCAUCAUUUGCGUGAGUGCUAGCGAGCUGAGGAUCUUUACAUUCAACGAUCUGCACGACAACACGACAUACGAAGCGAUUGCGCUCAAGUACACCCCACGAAAGCUUGUCGGUAACCAUGAACUAGGCGUUUUCUAUGUGAUUGAGAGCGAGAACAAUACUAUGAGCGCCGGCACCAGGAAAGGCCUUAUCGACCAGUCACGCGCCCAGGAGAAUGGUGUUGACGGUACCAUGAAUCCCGAGCAGACAAACGGUGAUAUGCUCAAUGGGCACGGAGCUGACGAACUGCCACCGGCGGAGUUUGGAUACCCAAGGGCGCAAGGUCGGUGGGCGUCUUGCAUUCAGGUCGUGGAUCCUGUAAGUGAGAAGGCUGUCGUUCAUACGGUCGAGCUGGAAGAGAACAAGUCAGCUGUAAGCGCAGCAAUGGUCUACUUCGAGAGCCGCCCAGAGGAUAUUUGCCUUGCCGUCGGGACUGCCAAGGACCUUCGCUUUACACCCUACAAGUACAGCACUGCUUCGAUCCAGCUUUACAAGAUCUCGCCGAAUGGUAGGGAGCUUGAGUUGCUGCACGAGACGGAGGUACCUGAGCCUCCGUUGGCUCUCCUCGCUUUCAAAGGCAAGCUUAUUGCUGGCAUCGGUUCGGAUCUUGCUCUUUACGACUGUGGUAUGCGUUCUCUGCUUCGUAAAGCCAUGACUCCGAACUGCGUGCCGACCCGGAUCACGGGCCUCAAGACCCAGGGCAGCCGACUCGUCGUCUCCGAUCAGGCUCAGUCCGUUACCUACGUUGUCCAUAAGGAUCAAGUCCAUCCGAAUCGACUCAUUCCCUUCGCCGAUGACACCGUGGCUCGCCACACCACGUGCACGGAUAUGUUGGACUAUGAGACUACUGUUGGGGGUGACAAGUUCGGCAACAUAUGGCUAGUGCGAUGUCCGGCCAAGGUCUCGGAAGCGUCUGACGAGUCGCCGGAUGGCCUGAACCUUCUGCAGGACAAGGGCUACCUGGGCGGCACCGCCAACCGCCUCGAUUUAGUCAGCCACUACUUCGCUAACGACAUCCCAGUCGCUAUCCAGAGGACUAUUCUUUUGUCUGGCGGUGAGCGCGUCAUCUUCUGGGCUGGUCUCCAAGGCACGCUUGGUGCACUCAUUCCCUUCUCAUCGCGUCGCCAGCACAAGAUGUUUCAGCAGCUUGAGUUGCAGCUCCGGAUCGACGAUACGCCGCUGUCGGGCAGGGACCAUCUAGCAUUCCGCAGCUAUUUCACGCCCAUCAAGAGCUUUAUCGACGGAGACCUCAUCGAGCGAUUCUUGGUCUUGAGCAGGGACAAGCGCGAGAGCAUAGUCGGACACUUGACGGGCAACUGGACGUCGGAGAUGGUGGACGAGGCCAUCUGGAAUAUGAGAGGACUCUACGCAUUCUAA